AUGUCGUCGAAGGAGCCCCAGCCCAACGACGCGGAGAAGAACAUCGAGAUCUGGAAGGUCAAGAAGCUGAUCAAGCGUCUUGAAGCCGCCCGCGGAAAUGGCACAUCCAUGAUUUCGCUCAUUAUCCCGCCCAAGGACCAGGUCUCGCGCGCCGCGAAGAUGUUGGCUGAAGAGUUUGGAACUGCCUCCAACAUCAAGUCCCGCGUCAACCGUCUUUCUGUCCUGUCCGCGAUUACCUCGACCCAGCAGCGUCUGAAGCUGUACUCAAAGGUCCCGCCCAACGGCCUGGUCAUCUACUGCGGUGAAAUCCUGACCCCCGAGGGCAAGGAGCGCAAGGUCAACAUCGACUUCGAGCCCUUCAAGCCCAUCAACACGUCGCUGUACCUCUGUGACAACAAGUUCCACACCGAGGCUCUCAGCGAGCUGCUCGAGUCAGACCAGAAAUUCGGCUUCAUCAUCAUGGACGGAAACGGUGCGCUCUUCGGUACACUGUCGGGAAACACCCGUGAAAUCGUGCACAAGUUCUCUGUCGAUCUGCCCAAGAAGCACGGUCGUGGUGGUCAGUCUGCCCUGCGUUUCGCCCGUCUGCGUGAAGAGAAGCGCCACAACUACGUCCGCAAGGUCGCCGAACUGGCGGUGCAGAACUUCAUCACAGCUGACAAGGUCAACGUCGCUGGCAUCAUUCUGGCCGGUAGUGCUGAUUUCAAGAACGACCUGAACCAGUCUGAUCUCUUCGACAACCGUCUGCAGUCAAAGGUCAUCAAGGUCGUCGACGUUUCCUACGGUGGCGAGAACGGCUUCAACCAGGCUAUCGAGCUGUCCUCCGAGACACUCGGCAACGUCAAGUUCAUCCAGGAGAAGAAGCUCAUCAACGAGUACUUUGAUCACAUCUCCAAGGACUCUGGCAAAGUCUGCUACGGUGUCGAGGACACCCUCAAGGCUCUGGAGGCUGGUGCUGCCGAGACUUUGAUUGUCUUCGAAAACCUGGAGAUCACCCGCUGGGUCCUCAAGGCUUCGGACAACACAGAGGUCAUCCUCCACACCAACAAGACACAGGAGGCCGACCGAACCAACUUCAUGGACAAGACCACCGGACAGGAGAUGGAAAUCGUUGAGCAGUCAUCUAUGCUCGAGUGGCUCGCUGAGAAGUACCGCGACUUCGGUGCUACCCUCGAAUUCGUUUCCGACCGUUCGUCAGAGGGUAACCAGUUCGUGAAGGGCUUCGGUGGCAUUGGUGCCAUCCUGCGUUACGCGCUCAACUUUGAGCAGCUUGCCGACUUUGAUGACGACGAAGACGAGUUCUACGAUGAUUGA